AAAUUUUUGUUUGAAAGUGAAACCGGAAGUUUUCAAAAAAGUCAUGUGAAAAUUACCAAGAUGUGAAGAGAGACUUUGUCUUUGACUGAAUAUUUCUAAAAUUAACAUAAUGAGCACUGGGGAUUAUCAGUCUACCGACAAUCGGUAUAGGGAUGCCGCUGACGUACCGCUAUUUGGUGAUCACCAGCAACCUAGAGAUCGGAUGAUUAACUUGGUUGUGGGAGUAUUUACAAGUAUUGUUGUAGCAGUCACCCUCAUCAGUGCAUUCAUUUUCCCAAGUUUCCCUCCAAAUGGAAUCAAUGUCUUCUUUGCCAUCAUCAUUGUAAUGAUAUGUGGAUCUCAUUUACUUCUGAUUUUCUGGUACAGACAAGGUGACUUGGAACCAAAGUUUCGUCGAAUGAUUAUCUACAAUGCCUUUACCAUAAUCCUACUGUGUGUGUGUGGAAAUCUGUAUUUUCAUAACAUUCUGAGGAAACACAGCUCAUGAUGUUUGAUUUGUUUGUUUGUUUUGUUAAAUACAGUCAGAGAAGUUAAAAUACAUGUAAAUGUUGUUCUAAUGCUAAGUGUACAUCUAGUAUCUUUAAACAAAGAUAUGUCCUUAAGAAAAGAAAAGGGUUUUCAUGUGUGCCAUACUAAGUAUAAUUUGUGAUAUUUUAGGUGAAGGCAGGUGAUGUGUAGAUCAUUUCAUUGUCAUUCUUUAGCAUGUGUAGAUGUAUUUUUUCUUUCAUUUUUCAUGGUUACUGAAGUAUCAGAAGUUGUUUGGGAUUUUUUGUUUUUUUUCGGG